AUGGACAGCUGGAUCAAGGCACUACAUCUCUUCCAUGCAGCGCAGGGACUGCAACCCGACUUAGUCACGUGCAGCACUCUGGGUUCCCGGUUGGGGCCAUGGUACUUUGCUGCCAGUGCUGUCACCCAGAUGAUGAUGAGGGGAUUUCGCCUGAACACCUUGACCUACAACGCCUUUGCCAACAGUAUUCAGCCGGGCGAUUGGAAAUCUUCCAAUCUGCUGCUAGCGCAAACGGCGAUGCAAAGAGACUUGGUGUCCUACUCCAUCAUGAUGGAUGGUCACCAAGAGAUUAGUGACUGGCCGUUUGCCUUUCACUUCUUGCAAAAGACACAGCAACUGGCCAUUCGUCCAGAUCCAGCGCUGUUUCACAUCGCCUUGAAGAACUUGGAGGACAGCAAGCGUUGGACAUCAUCCUUAUCCAUCUUGUCUGCACAAAAAUCUCUGGGCCAGGUGGCCACUGGAGUCUCCUACGCCCUCACUCUGGGCUCCUUCGGAUCUUCGCCCCGUUGGGCCAUGGCACUGCAGCUGAUGGAGGGAGCAGAAGCCACCGGGCAGAAGCCGCAGCAGGGCAGCUUCACUGCGCUGCUGGACUCUGUGGAAUGGCAGACAUCGCUGCAGCUCUGUCGAAGGAUGAAGAUGGUCUCGGUGCUUCAAUCUGCACAGUCGACCAACAAGAUCAUGUCAACCUUUCGAGAGGAGUGGUCUCUGGCAUCAGAUCUGCUCCAGGGCCUGUUUUUACGUCGGCUGUCGCCCUUGCCCCGUGCUGACGCGACGCACGUCAUGCCUGGACCGUGGCGGCGAGCGUUGGCGCUUGGAAAGGACCGCUGGCUGACGUCCUUCAGUUGGUCCUUAGCUAUGCUCCUGUUGAACCAGGCGGUGAGUUUGGAGACCACAAUGCACAACGCCGUGGUGAGCGCCUGCGAGAAAUCCACGCGUUGGACGUGGGCCAUGGAGCUUUUGCAACGCAUCACGACUGUUGGUCGACCGUCUACGGCGUCCUUCAAUGCUGCCGCCAGUGCAUCUUUUGGACAUUGGGGCAUCGUUUUGGACAUCUUUCAACGACUUUCGCAACGGCACCUUCAAGCAACAGCUUUUUCCUUCACAACAGCGCUGAGCAGCUGCGAGAAAUGCCACGCCUGGCAAAGGGCCCUGGCGAUUUUGGUCGACCAAGCGCCGGCCAGAGUGGCGGUUUUCAAUGCAGCCAUCAGCAGUUGCGAAAGAGGAAGACAGUGGCGAAAAGCCUUGGCUCUGUUGUUUGACAUGGACCUCUUUUCUAUCGAGAAGGAUGUCAUCAGUUUAAACUCUGCUAUCAGCUGCUGCGAAAAAUGUAGUCGCUGGUGCGAAUCUCUUGCUCUUCUUCAUGAUAUGCGUUUCCAAGAACUUUUUCCGGACAUGUUUUCCAUCAACUCAGCAUUGCUCAGUUGCAGAAAUGCGCACAGGUGGCGCGAAGCAUUGGAUCUUUUCAAUUGUGUCAAGCAAUUUUCGUUGCAAGCAGAUGCCCUUUCGUGGGAUUUCGUUUUAGCUGCUUGUGAAGAGUGUGGUCAGUGGAUGCAAGCAAAUGCCUUGCUCUUGAAGUUGCGGGAACUUUCGGACUUGCAGUUCUUGAGGCCGUUUGAUACUGGCUACUCGGCAGAUGAGCAUGAAUAUCAACACAUUUGUUGCAAGUCUGAUGGGUGA